UCAUUCAACCCUAAUCCAUCUUCCUCUCUCUCUCUCUCUCUCAAGCUAGCCCUAAAAAAAGCUAAUGUCUGGUAUGUACGAUCAAGGAGGAGACGCUGCUCCGUCGUACGGAGCCCCUGGAGGCGGUGGAGGAUACGGUGGUGGAGGUGGAGGUGGAGGAUAUGGGGGCGGUGGAGGGAAGGGCGGUGACGGUGGAUAUGGCGGUGGAGGCCGGGGUGGCGGCGGCGGUAGAGGCUAUGGAGGACGAGGUGGCGGCGGAGGUGGAGGCUACGGUGGUCGAGGCGGCGGAGGCGGAGGCGGAGGCGGAUAUCAAGGAGGAGAUCGAGGAGGGCGAGGGGCUGGACGCAGUGGCGGAGGUGGUCGUGGCGGAAGUGGCAGAGAUGGGGAUUGGGUCUGCCCUAAUCCUGGCUGUGGAAAUUUGAACUUUGCUAGAAGAGUGGAGUGUAACAAGUGUGGUGCACCUUCACCUGGUGGUGCUAGUGAUCGAAGUGGUGGUGGCGGCGGUGGUGGUGGUUAUAAUAGAGGUGGAGCUGAUGGGGGUUACGGUGGAAAUCGUAAUGGCAGAGGUGGUAGUUACCAUGGUGGUAGAAGUGGAGCUCAUGAUGGAGGUCGAAAUGAAGGUGGGAACAGAGGUGGUAAUUCUUUUGGUGGUCACCAGGGAGGAGAAGAUAGCAGGUACGGUCAGGUGCCCCCAUCCUCGGCACCCUCAUCUGGUGGUCUUGCUGGCUCUUAUCCACCAUCUUACCAUGCUGGAACUGCAGAUUACGGGACUGAUGCAGUUCCUCCUCCUGCAAGCUACAGUGGAACUACAUACCCUCCAAGUUAUGGUGCUCCCACUGGUGGCUAUGGUGGUGAUAGUCUAGGUGAUGGGCGUGGUGCUGCUGGUCGGGGUGGGCCAUCAGGUGGAUAUGAUGGUGGCUACAAUGCUGGUGGUAGAGGUGGCUAUAAUGCUGGUGGUAGAGGAGGAGGAAGCUAUAAUGCCAGUGGCGGUAGAGGUGGUGGUUAUGGAAGUACACCAACAGCAGAGCCAGCACAGGUUAAGCAGUGUGAUGACAAUUGUGAUGAUUCGUGUGAUAACUCUAGAAUCUAUGUAUCUAAUUUGCCACCAGAUGUGACCAUUGAUGAAUUGAGAGAAUUAUUUGGUGGGAUUGGUCAAAUUGGAAGAAUCAAGCAGAAGAGGGGCUACAAGGAUCAGUGGCCUUGGAACAUAAAAAUAUAUACAGAUGAGAUGGGGAAUAACAAAGGCGAUGCAUGUGUAUCAUAUGAAGACCCCUCCGCGGCACAUUCUGCUGGCGGUUUCUAUAACAAUUAUGAUUUGAGAGGCUAUAGCAUCAAUGUUGCAAUGGCUGAAAAGUCUGCACCGAGGGCUCCACCCACAUACAACCAUGGUGGUGGUGGUAGAGGUGGAUAUGGAGGUGGUGGAGAUAGGCGCAGAGAUAGCUAUAGGGAUGGAGGCUCUGGACCUGAUAGACAUCAGCAUGGUGGAAAUCGAUCCCGUCCUUACUGAGAAAUUCAGCAUUGAGCAUUUUAUGUAAUGGGAAUUGUGAUCUUAGUGUUUUAGUUUUGUUCCAUGGCUGGAUUCUUGAAUUGGAGACCAAAGAGGUAGGUUGUUCACUUUCUAUGGGCAAGAGACCUCUUUGCUCCUUUUUAUCUAUAGUGGUACCUGGAGGAUUAUAAUCUUGCUCGGGCUUGAGAUUAAUCUAGUUGUGUGAAUGUUUUUUUUUAUAGAGGCAGGCGGAUAAUCUCCAAACUGCUUGUUGCUAAGGUAGGUGUUGAUGUUUUCAGGUGAGUGCUUCUCUUUCCAUAACCAUUCUUAGAAUCAUGCACUGGGUGCUCUGAUGUAUAAGCUCCGCCUGAUCUCAGCUACAUCCUUGUUGGAUCUGAUGCAAGCAUAUCUUAGCCUAUAAUCAUCAUUUCUGCAUUCAUAUUUUAAUUAUUGAAUAUUAACUUGCCAUGUUCUUUACUCUUUUAACAUCGUUUAUUAUUAUCUGUUUGUUAGGGAUGAUCGGAAAAUUUGUCUUAUUCCUUAAUUCAUCUUGCACACAUGUGUUCGAGGCUGCUUGUGAUAUUUGAUUAAAUUUUUUAAUUUCCCAUAAUACUAUCAUAUUUGUAAGUCAUCCUAGGCUACAUGGUGGUGUGGAGUUAAGUCCAAUUGUCAACUGUCGCUCACCCCUUAGAAUUUUGGUAAUGUUUCUUUUUUGGGAUUGGGGUUUUUAUGCUGGCUGGGUCAGGCAUAUUAGAGGUUGGGAUAGUUCAUAUCCAAGAUAGGAACUUCAAAUUAAUGAGUCUAUCUUUGUCAAUUGAGCCAGUUAGGGUCAGAAGUAUUGGAAUGCAGGGUUUUUUUUUUUCCCCUUGGAAAUGGGGGUAUUUUAAUGGGAUGGGUAUUUGGGUUUUAGGCUUUUUGGCAAUGUUUCAUAUUUGUUUGGACGCUCCUGGUGCAAUAAUGUCUGACGCUCCAAAUCUUCAAAAGACUCAUUUUAGUUAGGUCUUAAGGCAAACACUAACCUCAUGGAUUGUGAUGCCGUGGUGCUGUCAUUUACAUUCUGCACAUUCGUUUGCUGCGUUAGGCCCCUUUGGAGCUCUGCCGAGGAAAUAUUCAGCAAUAACUUCGGAAUAGUCUUAGGAGUCGGGUAUUGUUAUUUAUAAAAAGAAGACUUUGUACUUGGUUUUUUCCCCUUCCAAGGGUGGUGGGGUUGUUUCGUUGUUGCCUGAUUCUUGACAUUCUGCAUAAACUAGUUUGUUUGAGCAAUGAAUGGUAAUUUUCUUUA